GCGGUAGAAGCUUCAUCUUUGGUUCAGAGUAAGGAUCAAGAGUGCGUGAUUGGUAUCAGUAUCGUAGCGUAGCAUUUAUCAAGAUCAAGAUACCAAAGGACAAUAAUAAUAAAAUACCGGCAAUUAAAUUAUAAAUCAACAACAAUUAAAAUGUCUUUAUUAACUAAAGUAUUAUUAUUAUAUUGUGCUGGUGUAUUUGCCUUCGCUGAUGUGGCUGUUGCGAAAAAAACUUCCUCAGUUGAUCAGUUUACUGAAGACAACUGGGAUCUUAUGCUCACUGGAGAAUGGAUGGUAGAGUUUUAUGCGCCUUGGUGUCCAGCUUGCAAAGAAAUGGAGCCCACAUGGUCGUACCUGGGUGAUAUGAAAAAGAGUCUGGGUAUAAAUGUAGGAAAAGUUGAUGUCACCGACUCUCCAGGAUUAAGCGGCAGAUUUAUGGUCACCGCUCUACCAACGAUUUAUCAUGUCAAAGAUGGUGAAUUUCGUCAAUACAAGAGUCCAAGAGACCGUGAGUCACUUGUUGACUUUAUCAGAUCAAAAACAUGGAUGAAAGUUGAACCUGUAUCGAGUUGGAAAAGUCCGACAUCUAUUCAAAUGACACUUAUGAGUAAAUUCUUCAAAUUGUCUCAAGUUUUACGGUCUAUUCAUAAUCAGUUGAUGGAAAAUUAUGGAUUACCAACAUGGGGAAGUUACUUGAUCUUUGCUGUUGCUACAAUUAUUAUGGGAGCUGUCCUGGGCCUGGUGAUCGUGUGCGUUAUUGACUUCAUCUCACCGCCAAAGCACGCGAAGGCUGCGGUAAAUAAAAAACGCAAGGACUCGAGUGAAUCUUCUCAAGACAAAGCUUCUGACGAAGACGAAUUGAUCGAAAGUAUAAAGGAUGAUUUGGUUGACGAGGACGCGAGUGAUUCGGAAAAACAGAGCAGUAAAAAAAGCUCUGCUGCAAAUAGUCCCAAUGCUCGUAAACGUAAAACACGUAAAGCUGAUUAAUUAUAUUUAAAAGUUAAUUAACUUUAAAUUUAUCCAUUAUUAAUUGUAUUGACAGUUGUUUUUAUUAAAUUCGAUAAGUGAGUACUGAACUGACAAUUUUUAUAUCGACUGAUUUGAAACGCAUCAACUAAACAUUCUGAUCAUCGUGAUCUAUUUUAAUUUCUCAUUAAUAUAAUAAUUAAUAACUGAUUCAUGUAAUUUCAUUUUCUUAAUUUAUCUCGUACUUGUCAAAUUUUAUUUUUAUUUUAGUCUAGUAAUUAAUAUUUUUUAAAUAUUUAAUUCCAAUUACUUCUACUUAUUAUUACUGCAUUAAACAAAUAAUUAAUUUACC